UGCAUUGCCAUUGGUCGAACCGGAAGGCGAGAGGCGGGACCAGAGCCUACGCUGUCUGUGAUUGGCGGAGAGGCGCGUUGCUCGCGCACGUUAAGGAGGCACUUCACAAGUUCGCAAGUUGGAUGAGAAGAACCCAGAAGUGUCCGCUGUAUCUGAGUCUGCGGGCUUUGAAAUAACCACGGAGUCGGACACAGCCUCCAAGGGGGGGGCCAUGUCUGGUGGCAGCAGCGCUAACAACAGCUGGACCAUCCUCACUCCCGAGGAGACUGUUGCUGAAACCCUGCGGCCAUUAGCAGAGGGGACAGACAAUCAUGGAGGAAGCCUCACAUCUGCCGCAGGUUGUGGGGAGAACCGGCCUGCCGACUGUGCACAGUCUGCAGAGGGGCUCCCUGUGGAGCGCCACCUGGUAUCGAAAGAAGAAAAACCUGCAGAGCUAAGCGAAGACACGAGCACAGAGCUACACCGUCCCGCCGCCGUCACCGACGCGUCCGUUCCCAGCCAGUCAGAGGGACUACCUGAGACCACGGCAUCGACUGGCCCCGACGCGGAUUCGUUUUCGGACUCCUAUGCCCACGUGGCCCCCUCCCCGGAUGAGCCCUCGGCCUCGCUGCCGAGCACAGAGACUCUGGGAGGGGUGGAGUUCACGCAGGAGGAAGAGCGUCUCGCAGAGGAAGGAACGCGGCAUCAGCUGGACCGGGAGGAGCUACAACAGGAAGGGGAGGAGUCAGACCUGUCUGCUAAACCAACCGACUUAUGGAAACAGGCAGAGGAGGGUGAGGGGAGAUCCGAGAAGACCGGCGAAGAGGCGGAGCCAGAGCUGAGGAGGAGGAGGUCUCUUUUGGCUGCUCUGGAGCGUAUCGGAAGGACGGAGGAGGAAGAGGAAGUGGAGGAAGAGUUCCGGCUGCCCCAACAGGGGGACGACGACAACGACAGCGGGUUCUCUGUGAACAAGUGCAUUCUGGCUGUUGUCAUUCUGAUAGGCCUGGGCACCAUCUUUUUCUCAGGUGUCUUCAUGAACCUGGAUGAGGAGAGUGAGUAUGGUACUAUGGAGCAGAAAGGUGCAGAAGAACCAAGAAAACGGGAGUGGCUUAAUCCUGAGGUUCCUCCGCUCCCAGUAGAUGCUGACAGUUCAGAGCUUCUAAAUAAGCAGCAGAUUUCUUUGCUGCAAGCCCAACUUCAGGAACAGAAAGCGGAGCUAAAAGUAGCAAAGCUACAAGCUGAUGAGGGAGUGAAGGGGCGACUGCAGUGGGAGGAGAUGGAGAAGGAAAACAGUAGGUUGAAGAAAGAGAUGGCAUCUCUCCCUGUCCUUCAGAAAGAGAACGAGCGGAUGAAGAGGGAGCUGGAGAGUGUCCCGGCCCUACAGAGAGAACUAGAAUCACUGAGAUCCACUGUGACUGAAUUGAAACUCUCUUCAGCCAGCGAAGCGGCUCCAGCAGCUGUGAAGUCAGUCACGUCGCCCCCCAGUGGUCACCCAGGGAACGGCAGCCAGGCCUCAGCCGGAUCUAAAGAGAGACAGCCUAAGAAGCCGUGGGAUGAUCAGAAGAAAGAUGUGAAGAAGGAUCGCAUAGGACAGAAGGAGUUGAAAGAGGGAGAUGCGUUUGAAUGGAAGGAAGGAAAGAAAAGAGAACGCAAAGAUGACGGUAAAACAGAAUGGCAACAGGGCAGUGAGCAAGGAAAGUUUGACAAGGAGAAAGAUAAGGGAGGUAAGCAAAAGCAUCACGGUGAGGAGACAAAACAAUGGAAGGACAAAGAGAGGAAGAAGGAAAAGACUGGCAGAGAGGAUGAGGGGAAGUCAUGGAAGUAUAAGGAAGGGAAGAAAGAGUGGAUAGAAAAGAGUGAGCGAAAAGAAAAGGAGGCGGAAGACUGGAAAAAGACAAAUCGUGAGAACAGGAAAGAGGGUAAACAAUGGAGGGGUGAGGAGGAAAAGAAGGAUUGGAAGGUAGGGAAAGACCAUGCAGGGAAGCACAAGAGCAAGGACGAAUGGAAGGGAGAGAAGGAAUGGAAGAAGGGGAAGGAUGUCAUUGAAGCAAGUUUGAAAAAAGAUUGGAAAAAGAAAGGUGAGAAGAAAGACGGUGACUGGAAGAGUAAAGACGGCAAAACAGGGAAGGGAAAGGAUGACCGGAAGCAGCGGGAUGAGAGCAAGAAUCAUGGUAAUGAGAGGAAGCUGUGGAAUGAGAAUGAACAGAAGAAUAAAAAUGGGAAAGCCGAGCGGAAAAAGGCCGAAGAAUCGUGGAAGAGAGGAGGCGAGGGCGAUAAAAAGCCCGACGGAGACCGUAAAAGGGACGGAUCGAGCUCCCACAGCCACAGAGACGAGCACAAGUCCAGAGAAGGGCACCGGUGGGGGGACGGCGAGCUUCCUCACACACACAGCCGAGCGUCCCCGGGGCAGCCCGAGUACUGGCUCCAGCAGAGGCUCCGCCUCCAGCGCCGCCCCAAACCGCCGCGGCAGUGCGGCUCGGCGGAGACGUGCGCCCGCGCCGAGGGGCUGCUUCCCGUCCCCUUCCCCGAGUUCCGGGCCCUCCUCCAAACUUACCUGGCCAAGGCGGAGGAGGCGGGAGUGGACGCGUCCGAGAGGGAGGAGCUCGACGAGCUGGCCUCCGAGUUCUUCCGGGACGGAGUCUUUGCUCACGACCAGACGAGCUUUCGGGAGUUUGUCGACAACCUGGAAGAUAUUCUGGAGGACCUGGUGGAAGGAGACGACGACGACGACGCGGGAGGAGAAGAUAGUGAAGCAGAGGAUGAAAUGGAGGAGUUCGAAAGAGAAGUGAUUGAAAGGUUUUCAGCGCUGGGAGCUGCGGAGAAAGUGGGGGGGUCCAAAGGGGAGUGGAGGAAGCAGAGUGGACCAGGACGUGGCUGAAGUGAUGGCUUAAAGGAAUGCCUGACCUAUAAAAGGCCAUUUAUUUCUCAUAAAUUACUCUUUACUUUGCCUUCUUGAAGGAAACAUUAUUUUUUUUUUUUCUUUUCCAAUUGAGGAAAGUCAUGAUGUUGUUCUGAGCUUCUUUCAGGAAGUCAAGGUAACCGAGUUGUGAGUAAUUGAUAAACAAAUGGCCGUUUUUGUGGGUGAAGUACAAAAGCCGCCAUGACGGAUGAGGGGUUAUUCAAAGGGAACAUUUUAUAUUGGACCACCAACGCUUCCAAGCCUACAUUUAUCAUCCUGUCGCCCUUUUUACAGGAUCUCGUUUGGCCUCUUCCACAUGCCCAAGAAGUUCAACUCAAAGGGUUUUGGGGUCAUUUUGUAUUUUACUCGUGCACACGCAGUAGAAGUUACUAAAGAUUGUGCUUUUCAAAUAACGUUUUGAGAUGAACUCAAGACGGGAGGAGAUAAGCUGCUACAGAUAUUACUGACUCAUAAUGCAUGCAUUAAACUUGCUUUAGUACAUUUAAAAACUCCACAUCUGUACAAUUUGCAAUUGGUCCCCUGCCGCUAAACUAUUGGGAUGCAGAAAUAGAUGCUGUAUAGUCUUCUAAAAACACACCUGGGCCUCUGCGAGCUGCACUGAUGACGUCUUGUCCGUCCACUGGUUCUACGCUGUACCUGCCGUCUUUAUGUACGCUCAGCCCAUAAUGUCAGACCUUUAAAUCCAACGUUCUGGAAAGGGUUAUGUGAGCUGCUAAAUUUGUGUUUAGAGUAGUCUGCAUAGAUUUUUGUUUUGAAUGUACAUAAUGCAUCAAAGGCUUUUUUAAACUGUGCAGAAAUAUAUAAUUAACUUAUUUUACAUAAGUGGGAAAUUAAAUAAAUACACGUAAUUGGUUGGCACGUAAGAUAUCGACAUGUUGAGCAUGUUUCUUUUCAGGUACAGAACCCGCGCGCACUGAGCAUUUUCUUACAUUUAAUUAUAGUUUCAUCAUAAGUGUGACAUUUGUCUUAACUGGUUAGUUCGGUCACGGCUCGUAGCUUACCAAAAAAUCCUGUUUUUCUUGGUGUGUGUUUACACGAUAAUUUAUUAACUCCAGGUCCUUCAGCCUCACAGAAAGUCUCCUGUUGCUUUGUGGCUGCGUAGAGAACUUUUCUUUUUAGGAUGUUGACUCUGUUGCUGUUUCAAGAGCACAAUAAUAAAGAUCCCUGUGAUAUGAUAA